CCAGGAAGCUUUGUGGAAGGAUACAAGCAGUGAUCAUGUUCUGGAAGGUCCUUGUGGUGGCCAUUUUCAUGGCUUUCGUCUACAGCGCUCCCCUUCCCUUUCCUGAAUCCCCACGAUCCUACAACGAGGAACCAGGGAUGCCCUUUGACUUCGCUUAUUCUGUGAAGGACGACUACACCGGCAAUGCCUUCGGACACGCAGCACAGAGCGACGGAAUCAUCACUUCGGGCUCCUACAGGGUCCUGCUUCCUGACGGACGGACACAAGUCGUCACUUUUUCAGCUGAUCCUCACAAUGGCUAUCAAGCAGAGGUUACGUAUGAGGGUGAAGCCAUCUACUCUAUCCCUAAACCUUCUAUUUAUUUAUAGAAGGCAAUAUAAAUCAUGCCAUAACUUGUUUGUUACACAGCCGGAACUGAAUAUAUGCCUUGCAGUUCCAAGCAUAAUUUAUUACACUAUAGAAAACAUAGAUAUUUAUUUAACUCUACAACUAAACUUUAACUAAUUACCAAACUAGGAGCAAACAAACUCUCUAGUUGUAUCUGAUUGUUACUCUGACUCAAUUACUGCUUGCAUUUAAAGUGGCCACCACAAGGUAUUGUUCAAAAGAUGUAUUAUUUUUAUAAAUAAAUGUAUAUAACC